AUUUUCUCAGAGAGCACUCAACUCAACCCCUGUUGCUUCAAACUUUUGCAUGUGAAUAUCAUAAAUGAUAUGGUCUAGAAUUCCCAACAAAAAUACAAAUCCAAGUCUAUAUAACAACAACAACCUCUGCUCUCUUUCCCAUACCCAUUUACAACCAGAGAAAUAAUUCAUCAACCUUAUCAUCACCCAUUACCCACAACAAGAUGAAGAAACUCUUCUCCAUUUUUAUCAUGGCCAUUCUCUUGCUUCAGGCUUUUGUCGAAGCUUCAUCAUCAUUGAGUGAUGCUGCCAAUUCUCCAACUAAAAUGGACCAAGGAAAUGCAGUGGUGGCUCUUAACAAAAAACCACAUCUUCCAAAAAUCAAUUGCAAUCAAGCAUGCUCGAAGAGAUGCAAAAAGGCUUCAAAAAAGAAGAGAUGCAAAAGAGCAUGUAAAGCUUGUUGCAUAAGAUGCCACUGCGUUCCACCGGGUACUUAUGGCCAUAAAAGUGUAUGUCCAUGCUAUGCACGUCUCCGAACCCACGGAAACAAGCUCAAGUGUCCUUGAAUAUUGAAAGUACUACCAUAUAGCUACAUUCUCACCUAAACAAAAGAUAUUCAAGUUUAUUUUGAAUGAUUAUUAAUUAAUUCAUAUUAUUAGCAUAAAUAAUUGCUGCUUUAAUUGUAUUGUAAUAAAGGAAAAUGAGAUGUAUGAUCUAUUUAUAUGUAAGGCUUCAAUUUAUUAUUGUUGUAGCUUUGGAAUAAUCAAUGUAAGCUGUGCUACUGGACGAAUUUAUCA